AUGCGUGCGAUGCAUACCAAGCGGCCAGAAGCAUGGCAACAGGUUCGUCCAGAUCGCGCAGAACGACCCGCUCAUGUGAUUGAGCGGCUGGAUGGUUUGGACUUUUCAUUUGGCCCAGCAAGCUUUCAGCAAGCCAACUUAGUUGUCUUCGAGAAGAUGCUCCAGGACAUGAAAGAGAUGCUCCUUGAGACUUUGAGUCAACGUUUUGGACAUGGAGAACAAGUUCACAUCCUGGAGCUUUGCAGUGGUGUUGGAGUGAUAGGCUUGAGUUUGGCCCACGCAGCAGCGAAUUCCAAGGAGGUCGGGAACGUCACCCUCGUGAGCACCGACGUGAACCCAAAUUGUGCUGAACUGUUCAAGGAGAAUGCCAGUCGAAUUUUCCCUGAGGAUGGUCCGACCUCCGCAGAUGUGAAAUUCUCAGCAUGCUCAGCAUCGGAGGCACUGUCGUCCAUGCCCGACGGAGCAAAUGUUCUGGUGCUGGACCCACCACGCCGAGGCCUUGCUGAAAGGCAGUUGCGUCAAAGACUGGUGGGUGGUGAGGAGCAAGCAGCAGCUAUUUGUAAUUCCAAAGUGCAAGUAGUUGCUUGUCAUACAUGGUGGUGGUCAUGA